AUGCUUCCUGGGCUACGAACACUGCAUUUUGUGGAGGACGUUGUAGUGGACCGCCUGCGGUGGUGGCGCUCUCAGCAUGAGGCGAUGAUGGCAACAACGAUGAGGUCCACCGCACAUGGCCCACGGCUCUCUUCAUCUCUUUCCGUAGCGACAGAAGCACCGCGGCCGCGGGCACACUCUGCCCUGCCGCAUGGCUUCUCGACUCACCGUCGUGAGCGACUCUUGACGACGUUGCCGCCGCGUGACGUCUUGGCAUUGCGCCACCCACCGAUGCUUCUCUUUUUGCGGGGCGAGGCCACCGCGGAGCAGCGCGACAGCGUGCAGAUGGCGUUGCGUGAAGUGGAAGGAGCGGUGUGGAUUGCACGGCUGCUGCCGAUGGAGCGCGUCUUUUACAGCUCUCAGAUAAGACCAGAGCACCGGGAUGAGACAUCUGGGUUCUCACCGCGGAGGAAGUGGCCACGGCAACGGGCGUCGUCUUCUCCGCCUCUGCCAUCAUCCUCUCGGGAUUUUUAUAGGGUACGAAACAAGAGGCGUGGCAAGGGAGGACCGCAUAAUUGUCGAGAGGAUGGAACUGCCGAGCUGCCAAAUAAUAAAGAAGGAUUGGCGCUACAUCUUGUUUCGCCAUCUACUCAUGUGUGCAGAAAGGUGAGUUGCCUACAGGAUGAGUACGUAUUUAACCCCGAUGCAGACUUUGUUGGCGACGGGGCAUUUUCGCGUGUCUUCCGUGCGGUGCCUCUUUUUCGGGGAAAUACAAGUGUGAGCUUUUUUGCAAUCAAAGUUAUUCCCUGCCGAAGGAAGAAGGGGGCCCUUAUGGCUUCAGAAGCGAAAUGGCGUGGCGAAAAAAAGGAGCAGGUAUCCAAGGAAGGUGCAGCUCAUGAAGUCACUGUCCAUUGCAAGAUGCAUGGACGGGAUGUAGAGGUUUCCAUUCAUGGUGGUGGCGGUGUGGAAUAUCAUGACGCUCUGCACCGUGAGUUAGUGGAGAUUGAACGGGAGAUAUCUAUCAUACGAUCAUUGCGCCACACGGGGUGUUCACAAUUUGUGGAGGCGUUGCGUACACCCGAUGAGUUUGUAAUUGUGAUGAACAUGGGGAGAGGUUGCAUGGAUGCACGACGGUACCUUCAACUUAAUGGUCCUCCUUCCGAGGCUCGUGUUGCUCUUAUCAUUUAUCAACUGGUCCGUACUGUUAAAUAUCUGCAGUACACUUAUGGCAUUAUUCACCGGGACAUCAAGCUGGAGAACUUGCUUCUUUCUCAAAUUGACGCCUCCCAGGAUUGCAUUCGGCAGGUUCUUGGCACGGGUUUUGCGACACGUUCGCGUGAGACGGAGUCUACCAUGCAAGACGAGGAUGAGGAGGAGAGUAUAGAAACGCUGGAAUACAAGGAAAACAAGAAGGACGUUCAAAAACCGAGGAACCGUUUGGCAUCGGUAUGGGGCUCUAUUUCUUCUGAACAAAGUUCUGAGAAUUUUGAGCGGCUUUUGAAAGUGACUCUUAUUGACUUUGGCUUGGCCCGUCGUACAACAAAACUCGGUGAAAAAUACCGGAGUCGUGGCUUUAGCGAAGGCAAUGUGGGGAAAUCGCAAAUGAACAGUAGUUGUAGCAACCGAUUUUCUCGUGUGGGCAUGCCUACACCAUUACCAUCCGCAGCCAACAUGUUUAUGUCUGUGGAUAUUGAGAGUGGCUCUGGUGCGUCAAGCAGCGAUGAGACUCCUUCCGAGACUACAUCCUCCAGUGCCAAUGACGAUGAGGAUGAUGACCGCAACGUUAGUUACGGAAGGAUAAAUGUGGACGAUGACGUUGACAAGAACGAGGACGAUGGUGGGGAGGAAGACACGGAGAAAAUUCAUAUGGAGGUUGGAGGCGAUGUAUCGAAAUGCACCACAUCGAUGACAUCCCUUCUUGUCUCCACCGCAGAGCCCUUGGCUCUUGCGGAUGGGGCUGGGAUUGCGAUGGCUGAGGGUCCCGGCGAGUCUACGCUGACUGAAUUCCAGCAAAAAGGCGAAUUGGAGACAGCGACCAUUUUGAAUUCCAAGGAACAAUUCAUCACGCGUUCUUGCGGUGACCCCCUCUACCGUUUUGCGCCAACCAUGCCUUUAACAGCCGCCGCCUUGCAGGGGGCGGGCGCUACCCCGUCGGCUCCGUUUACUGAGCGUGGCGAGCCAAACGCCCGAGCAUGGCGUGAAGAGGGUCAAGAUGAUGGAGAGAUGCUGCUAUUUUUGACGCCAUGCGGCACCGACAAGUAUCUUCCUCCGGAGAUGCUAAGUUGGAUCGUCAGCUACGGAUGGAAAAGGAAACUCACAACACUUCGUAUGGCGCGACAACUUGACGCGUACGCCAUUGGAAUUGUUGCAUACGUCCUCCUCAGUGGCUGCUUCCCCUUUAACGGGGCCUCACGGGCAAGCAUGGCUCAGCAGCAGCAGCGCUGUACCCCAAAGUGCAAUAGUGAUCACUGGAAGCACAUCAGCCUCGAGGCCAUUUCAUUUGUACAGUCCCUUUUGGAACCGAAUCCAGAGCUCCGGAGCACGGUGGCAGAGGCGCUGAAACAACCAUGGCUGCGCCGUGCCGCAAAGUUAGCAGAAAAACUUUCGCUCGUUCCCGAAUCUCUGGAGGAGGUGCCAAUUGGUGGAAAUCCAUCAGCAGAGACAUGCAAGAGGCAAGAAGAGACCCCGAACCAUCUACUUCACGUACACCAGCAGCAGGAUGCAACUCAUCCGGGGAGGAGGUCAUGUGAUAUUUCGUCUGCCGUGGACAGCGGCUGUAACUCGCAGCGUUCUGCUCGCCAUGACAGUCUCAUACACCAAAGUAGCACGACAUGUGCCACACCGCCGUUCCUUGCAUCGAGAGCUGAUCAUGCGGGAACAAGGACUGCGGUUGCAGCGAAGAAUUCAAAGGAGAAAUUGCAUGGGUCAUCCACGGCGACAGCAAUGAGUGAUAAGGAGACAGGCCACGUUGCUCAUGCAUUCUCGCCCCCGACGUGGUCAUCGCAGGUAUCGUUGUCGGCCUCAUCGCCAAGAGAAACGGCCGCGUCACUUUUGGCGCAGAUUUCUGCCACCCGGAAAGCUCUUCACGGGGAUGGCGAUGCUGCCGGGGGGCCGUCAAAUAUCUCGAUAGGGAAGGCGGAGUGGACGGACGACUCUGAGGAGGAGAGCGAUCUCUUCCAGCGCAUUUUUAAAACUGUCAUGUCUGAGCAUUGA